UUGAUAACUCUCUAAGUAGAGAGGAUAAAAAGAACAAGAUCAAGUUAACUCUCUACGAAAUUGAAAUGUAUCUUAGUGCGCUGAAUUUGACGUGAUUAGAAUUACGUCAGGCUUUGGUACAAAAGUACCCACAGAACACAUACAUUACCAAUCGUAAGGUACAGUAUCACCAAACCGUCAUGAAGAAAAACAUCCCUGCGCCAAUAUUUAAUCAUCGGAAAAGACCACGUCAAGCUGUUAUUGCCGAUCCUCAAAAUAUUGACGGACCUGGAACCAGCAUCCCAACAAAUGCACAACAGUCGUCACAUCAUUAUCAAGAUUUAAUGCCUGUUCAUGGUUUUGAUGGCCAGAUAUGCACACCCAGUAAACCAAAGCAGGGGUACCAGUCAUACCAACAGCAGAGCACUAGGUCACAACAGAACCAACAACAGUAUCAACAGCAAAACAGACAACAGCAGCAACAAAGCCAACAUUGUUCAUACAAUACAAAUGGACCAAGUCCUGGUAGACAGUUACAGACAAUCAACAAGGAUCUUCAGGGACCAAACAGGGGUGUGACAGGAGGCACACAGGUAUCUAGGACUGGUUCAGCUCUGCCAAACUCCAGCAGACAGCUGACAGGGCAGUCUGGCCAAGGGUGGCAGGCUGACAGACAACAGAGAUGGAGCAGUGGGCAGGCGUCCUUCACCAAUAAACAGGUAGCCAACACUGGCAACAGCCAGGCAAACCAUCACCAGGCACCACAGAGUCCACCAAAUAUAGCAAACAACAUGUCCAACUCAUAUGGACAACAGCAGAACAGGUAUAGUAAAGGGAAUAAGAACUACAAUGGUCAAGCAGGAAGCCAAUUCAUGUUCCAGGCUGACAAUUCUGGAAAUACCUCCUCCUCCAGGACCAAUACAUAUAUGAACCAGAAGCCAUUUCAGACAGGCACACAUAGAAACCAGAACUCAUUCAGACCAGGACCUGGUGGUGCAGCCACAGUACCAGAGACAGACAACUCUAGGGAGCAAUUCCAACCCCAAGGAUAUCAGCGAGUUGGAAGUUUUGGAGACUCUGUAUCCAAACCAUCUACAUCCUCAACACAAAAAGAACCUAAAAAAGCAACCCAGAAGAGUGAAAACAAAGCAGAUAAGUCCCUUCACCUUAUAACAUCAACCAUUCAGGGUAUGAAACACUGGAGCAAAUACAAAGACACAAUCAAUAUGAUUUUUGAAGUGUAUGGUGUAGUGGACUCGGCCAUGAUGCAAGAUCCUUCAACAACAGGAAAAGAAUUUCUUGUUAAAGAUGAGCAAGAUUCCAUUCCAUGUGUUUUCUAUGAAAUCGACCGUCAACUUCCUAGGCUGACUAGAGGACAUUGGCACAGGUGUGUCGGCUCUAUGGAUGGCAGAAGUGGAAAACUAAAGUGUGUAUCGGUGAGACCAGCUUCAGUGGAGGAAAAAGACGUUUCAAAGCUUUCUAUUAAAAGUUCAGACACUCUUCUGUGGGACUUGACAAAAACAAUUCCAAAGCCCUGAGCAAACAACCAUGAAAUGGACCAAUGUUUAUCUACACUGUUAGUGUUUCUUAUCCAUUCAAUUUUUCUUUCAAAAUAAAAACAGAUAUAUAUU